AUGGUGAAGCCCUCCCUCCGCACGAUGGUGGGCUUUCUCGGGGCUCUGCCGCGGGAGGGGUGGGCCCUCAACAGCCUCACCUCGGAGGCCCGCCUGGGGGUCUACGCGGAGAGUUUCGCGCGCUUUGUUGAGCGAAUCGCGGGGGAUCGCGCGCGCUACCCGUUUGAUCGCGCCCGCUGCGCUCAACAGGCCCUGCGGGCGUUCCGCCGCCGCCUGAGCCUCCCGGGCGCGCGAAGGCAACUUUUGGCCUUUUUAAGCACCCCCGACUGGACGGCGACGCUUCGAGAGACUAUCACGAGCCGCCCGCCAUCCGCGUCGUCGUCGGGGCCGCCGUAUUAUAUCCCGACGGUGGUCAUCCACGGCGCCGAGGAUCCCCUUUCCCCGCCGGCGAACGGCGAGCGGGUGUCGGCGGCCAUCCCUGGCAGUAGGCUUAUUCUGGUCGAGGGAAUGGGACACCCACUGCUGCCGGCCCUCCGCAAGCGGUACGUGGGUUGGAUUGCACAAAAUAUCCGCGCAGGCGAGGCGGCCGCCGCGCAGAGGGGGGAAUUAUCCAGCUAUGGGAAAGUCAACCCCUCCCAAACGGCAUCACCCUCGAGCGAUUUACCAGCGAACACGGGAGGAAGUGCGGAUUCCAAGGCAAAUGAACUCCCUACCGGGGCUAAUUCAAAGCUGUAG